AUGUCGGGUACCUCGACGGGGCGCAGCUCCCCGAGUGAUCUGGCUGGGUCUGGAAAUACAAGAAUGCCCUUUGGACCUUCUCCGGGGUCCAUUGGUAGUUCAAGGCCGGGAGCUGGCUCCCCUUCUCAUGAAUUGGCCUCCCGGCUGUACUCGAAGCGAGCCCGUGAAAUUCAAGCGCAAGAGGGCGUUUCACCUAGCAUUUGGGGACCGCCGACUAGCGGUCAUUCAACCCCGCUUCGCGAAAAUAUCCCCGAAUCGCCGAGUCAGGAUAGUUUCCCUGAACUGAUCCCAACCUCCAGUGGCUCCAUGGACAGCCCUGGCCGCCGGGCUCGUGCUGGAACAGUGCCAUCUCGAUUUCCCCCGAUGGGCACACUAAAUGAGAUCGAUCUUCAGCAGCCGUUUAUGUCGCAGACCUCACGACCGACUCCCUCCACCAGUCCUUUUAGGCCCCCGGGCGUUUCCGGCAUAGAUACAGGCUCCAAGAUCGCGAGUUCGGCUGCUGGACCCAAUCCAACAUCGCUAUCCCGUCUUCGAGCUGGUUCAAUGCCGCAGAGAAGCAACUUCUUAGGAGGCGGUGGUCCCUUCGGUCCAUCAUUGUUUUCAACCAACUGGUCGACGGGCCGUGACAGGGCUACAACCUUAACCAGCAUUCGAUCUUCAGAAGGGCCAACUUCUCCUAGCCACUCUUCGUUUUCGAGGGAUGGACUUGCCGAUACCGACGUCAAGACACUGGACUAUCUCGGGCUUGCUGAAACUCCUCAGCAGGCAAUGGCCUCCCUUGCACGCCCCUCGAUGGAGGCUUUGAUGCAACAGCAGCAACAACAGCAGCAAGCGUCCGCGUUGCCGCCACUCCUGGCUGAGUUGGCAAUGAUGAAGAACAAUAAUCGAUUCCGCUCAUAUUCUGUCAAUGCGAAAGAGAAGUAUGCGGAUGAUGAGGAUCUCGAAUAUGAGAGCCGUUACUCUCAACUUCCCUCGGGCACCAUGACACCAACAGCCGCGGCAACCGCCGCUCAACUUGCCGCUACACAGGCUCAGAUUCAUCAGCACAACCUCGCGGUUCAGGCUUUUGCUAGUCAUGCCUCUGUCAGUAGACCCCGUGCACGGACUGCUGGCAUUUUGGAGGCACCUCCCCAGCGAUCAUCCAUCCGUAACUAUCUUGCUACUCCUUCACGGCUUGACAACAGCUUUAGCGCCGCCGAUCUACAAAUCGCCGAGAAUGGCGAGUACGACGAAUUGUCCGAGGCGGUCCAGUUGAUGCACCUCGGCGGCACCGGUAUUCCCACCAUGGGUGGCCGGCAGGCCGGUGAGAUGGCAGAGGAGAAUAACCAGGAUGGGCCUACCAGGGCGCUUUGGAUUGGUAGUAUUCCCGUUUCAACAACUGUCACUUCUCUGGAGGCCAUCUUUGGCAUGUAUGGAAAGAUCGAGUCCACCCGCGUCUUGACUCACAAGAACUGCGGAUUUGUCAACUUCGACCGCCUUGAUAGCGCUGUGCAAGCCAAGUCGCUGCUUAAUGGCAAAGAGAUCUUCCCAGGCGCAGGACCAGUAAGAAUUGGUUACGCCAAGGUUCCUGGUGCAUCGGCCACCGGUACCCCUGGUGCAAAUGGUAUCCAGUCGUCUCCAACUCCUGAUCCAAACUUCAGAUCAAACCUUGCUGCAGCAGACGGUUCGGAUCGGGCAGACAACGGUAACAUUAUUCCUCAGAUCCCGGCACUGGCCGAUCUGUUGCCUGAGAUGGUGCAAAUUGUGCAAGAGUUCGGCGCUAGUGAAGAUGAUUUACAGAACAUCACCGCAAGCAUCCAGACUUCUAUCGGAUUCCAAGCUUUCGAGGAUGAAAUUCCCUCGGUUCAAGAACCGAGUCAGUCCCGGAUGUUCGACGCUCCUCGUCUCCGUGACAUUCGGAAACGCAUUGACAAUGGUGCAUGCUCGAUCCAAGAGAUUGAGGAAACUGCCGAGGCCAUGCUUCCCGAGAUUGCAGAACUAGCAUCUGAUUACUUAGGCAACACUGUUGUUCAAAAACUGUUCGAGUUUUGCUCUGAACCCACGAAGGAACAGAUGCUGGCCCACAUUGCACCCCAUCUUUCUGAGAUUGGUGUUCACAAAAAUGGAACCUGGGCUGCGCAAAAGAUCAUCGAUGUUGCGAAGACUCCUGGGCAGAUGCAAUUGAUUGUUGAUGCCCUCCGCCCCUACACUGUCCCCCUUUUCUUGGAUCAAUAUGGAAACUAUGUCCUGCAGUGUUGCUUGCGAUUCGCUGGCCCCUUCAACAACUUCAUCUUCGAGUCCAUGCUCAGCCGGAUGUGGGAAGUCGCCCAGGGACGUUUCGGCGCCCGAGCGAUGCGGGCUUGCCUAGAAAGCCACCAUGCCACGAAGGACCAGCAGCGGAUGCUCGCAUCUGCUAUCGCUCUUCACAGUGUGCAAUUGGCUACUAAUGCCAACGGAGCUCUUUUGCUCACCUGGUUCCUUGAUACGUGCACAUUCCCCCGCCGCCGAACUGUGUUGGCCCCGAGACUUGUGCCUCAUCUCGUUCACCUCUGCACUCACAAGGUUGCAUACUUGACUGUUCUCAAGGUGAUCAACCAGCGCAACGAGCCGGAAGCUCGAGACAUUGUCCUAAAAGCACUUUUCUUCAGUCCCGGUGAUGAAGUAUUGGAGAAGAUUCUGAGUGACCAGACAUCCGGUGCGACUUUGAUCUUCAAGGUCCUCACUACACCGUUCUUUGAUGAGUCUAUGCGGGCUGAAGUCGUGAAGAACGUGUCUAAGGUUCUCACUAAACUUAAGGCUUCUCCCAGCCAAGGCUAUAAGCGUCUGAUGGACGAAGUUGGCCUUUCUUCGCGAGGAAACGGUCGGGAGCAUCAUCAUGGACGUGAGCACGGAGCUGGCCACUCCACCCCGGAGAAAUCACAGCACCGACAAUCCUCCCGCCACGGAAGCACCGGUUAUCCAGCUCAGCCUUCCAUGGAUAGGCAGUUUAAUGGACAGUUUGCUCCCACCGCCUUUGGGCAGAGUCCCGAUUCCCGCCCCAUCUCGUCUGACCAGGUCAACAGCACGUCUCUUGAUCCUUACUCGACCAACGGGCUUGGGAACCAUCUGAACGGCCUUCCAGGUGCAGGCGCAUACAGCCAGGAACCUCUGAGCCAGCAACAACUACAAUAUCAAGCCUACCUCGCCGCCCAGGCUCGUGGCGUUUCAUCUGGUUAUCCUGGCAUUCCAGGCGCCAACUAUGGCUACCCCACAGGGUCGCCUGCCCUCGACAACCUACGGUCUUUGCAGCCUCAGCAAGCCUCCCCGCUGUCCGCUGGACCGAGCCAGAUGAGCCCUAACCAGAUGCUUGGCCAGAACAGUUAUCAGCAGUUCAGCCCCGUUGUCAAUCCUGCCCAGAUGUACCAAUACCCUCCGCAAUACUACUCCCAGGCACAGCCCGUGCAGGGGCAGUCGAGCGGAGGCCGACGUGGACGGGUGAGUUCAUUCUCAGAUCGACUCUAA